ACGUCGCCUACCUGCGCUCCGUCCUGCCCAGCACCGUGGAGGAUGCCUUCUUCGAUUACCUGGCCACCCUGGAUGCCUCCGAGGUGACCGUCUCUGCCGUGCCUGAAGGCUCCGUCAUCUUCGCCAGGGUCCCGUUCCUGCAGGUGAAGGGGCCACUGCUGGUGGUGCAGCUGCUGGAGACCACGUUGCUGUGCCUGGUCAGCUAUGCCAGCCUGGUGGCCACGAACGCUGCCCGCUUCCGACUCCUUGCUGGCCCGGACAUGAAGCUGAUGGAGAUGGGGCUCCGUCGCGCUCAGGGGCCGGACGGCGCCCUUUCGGCCUCCAAGUAUUCCUACAUCGGGGGCUUUGACUGCACCAGUAACAUCCUGGCGGGGAAGCUCUAUGGCAUCCCGGUGCACGGCACCAUCGCCCACUCCUUCAUUAUGUCCUUCGCCUCGCUGGAGGAGGUGCAGCCCCGGCUGGUGCCGCUGGCAGGAGGAGAGCCGGUGGAUCUCCCGGCCCUGGCUGAGUUGUGGCUGCAGCGGGUGUGAGCCUCCCCGGAGGCGGCCAACCGGGGCGAGCUGGCCGCUUUUGUGUCCUACGCCGUCACCUUCCCGCACAACUUCCAGGGGCUGCUGGACACAUAUUGCGUCAGGAGGAGCGGCUUGCCCAACUUCUGUGCCGUAGCGCUGGCCCUGCACCAACUGGGGUACCGGGCCAUUGGGGUGCGCCUGGACAGCGGAGACCUGGCCCAGCAGUCCAAGGAGAUCCGCCGAGUGCUCAAAAAAAGCUCCGCCAGCUUCCAGGUGCCCUGGUUUGAGACCAUCCCCAUCGGUGUCAGCAAUGACAUCAGCGAGCAGAGCCUGGAGGAGUUCAGGCAGGAGGGGAGCGAGAUUGACGUGAUCGGCGUCGGGACGAACCUGGUGACGUGUCCCCUGCAGCCGUCACUGGGCUGCGUUUACAAGCUGGUGGAGGUCAACGGCUCCCCAUGCCUGAAGCUCACAGAGGAUGAGGAGAAGAUGACAAUCCCCGGGGCAAAGACGAUCUAUCGGCUCUAUGACACUGCUGGUCACCCCUUCAUGGACCUCAUGGCACUGGAAGAGGAACCCUCGCCCAGUGCAGGGCAGGAGUUGGCGAUCCGUGUCCUGGGGCGGCUUGGUGAGACGAGCAAGGUCGUGCCCACCACUGUGGAACCUCUUCAUCGCAUGUACUUCAGAGAUGGCCAGAGAGACUCUUCAGCUGCUGGUGCUUUGGCUUUGCCCAGGACCAUCUUGGAGUAUCUCCAAGGAUGGAGCCUCCCCCACCUCUUUGGCAACCUGCGCCAGUGA